AUGUCGGCCCGCGCCAAAGCUUUGAUAGGCUUUAAAAGAAAAUGCCAAUUUCAACCCCUAUGCCGUCAUUCGUCUUCCUUCUCAAAUGCCGAGUCUACCGAUAUAGGUUCUCAAUUGAGGAAUGUGAUGCGUAAUGUUCCUCAACCUGUAUCUAUCGCCGUAUGCCGUAUCCCCUCUCAUGACCAUCAAGUAGAAUAUAGAGGCGUAACAUUAUCUUCUUUCACUUCUUUAGCUUUAUAUCCACAACCAUUAGUUUCUUUCGCACUUCGACUUCCUUCACGUAUGGCCGAUUGUUUACGACCGUCUCUUCCUCAUUUUUCCACCUCACAAGUUCAAUCAGCUGCUCCUGAUCAGCAUCAUUCUCGAACGUCUCGCUUUAUACAACCCGAAAUCGCUUCCCCUUCCUCUCUCCAACCAUCCGACUCUAAAUCUGCAUCUUUAUUUCCCCUCGAUACGCUUCAAACCCUUUCUCACUUACUCCCCUCUUCAUCCUCUCAAACACCUAAUAUUUCUCUUUCAUCAACAUCAUCAUACAAAUUGCCUUCUGUAGCCGCGAAUGCCACUUCCAAUCCCUCAUCUACCCCCACUACAACGUCACAUUCAACAGAACUCAGUAUAUCUCUCUUAUCUUCUCAAUAUCAAUCCCUAGCUGAAUCCCUCUCUCGUCCCUCAACCGACCAAAAGGAAAUCUUCGAUAAUCCUCAAUGGGACAAAAGUGACAUACCAGUCUUACGAGAUAGUCUAGGAUGGUUGAAAUGCGAAGUGGUCACCAGUAUCCCUCUUGGAUCUCUUAUCACAACCCCUACAUCCACAUCAUCAAAACAAGAUAUCGGAAUGGUCCUCCCCACAUCAUAUGACUCCACAAUCACAUCAUCCAAUGAACAUUCCACCACGGAUAGGAAAAAAGAAGGAAGCGAAUUAUUCAUAUGCAAAGUUUUGUCCGUCCAUCUCGGAGGAGGUCAACCCUUGGUACAUCUCAAUAGACGUUAUACGACCGUAUCGGAUACGAUAUGA